AUGGACGGUCCAGCUCCACCAGAGGAGGAUUUCACCACCCUCCCAAUAUCCGACAGAAUCGCCCACAAAAACUGGAAAGCCCGUGUCAGUGGUUACGAAGCUUUAAUCAAGACCUUCCAGAAUACCGCCUCAGACACAGAUCCCGCAUUCAAGCCAUAUAUCUCCAACACAGACCUCAUAAAGAAGUUCGCAACAGAUGCAAAUGCAGUGGCUCAGGAAAAGGGUGUAGAGUCCCUGGUCGCCCUCGUCAAGUUCGCUGGAGAGACAGCAGCAAAGACCCGCGAGGCAAUCGUGCCCGCGCUCGUGGACAAAUGCCUGGGUUCAACCCGUGCAGGAACGAGAAACCAGGCAAUUGAAUUGGUUCUGCAAUAUGUUGAAGUUGAAAACGGGGGAACUGGCGUUAACGAUCUCCUCCCCGGUCUAGGUGCAAAACAGCCAAAGGUCGUGGCUGGAUGUGUUACAGCUUUGAAAGAAGUUAUUCGCAACUUCGGCAUACAAGUUACACCACCCCCGCCAGUUUUGAAGGCCCUCCCCAAAAUAUUUGCUCACAGUGACAAGACAGUCAGAGCAGAGGGAACAGCCCUAGCACUCAGCCUCUACCAGUAUCUCGGACCCGGAAUCGAGUCAUGGCUUUCAGACCUCAAACCCGUCCAGGUUAAAGAGUUGAAGGAGGCUUUCGAGGGGUUGGAAAAGGAUGGGAAAGGGAAGGGAUCUGUUAAACCCGAGCGUUUGACGAGGGAACUUGCGCGCGAGGCCGAAUUGCAGGCAGACGCUGGAGAAGAGGCUGCGGAAGACGAUGCCCCUGCAGAGCCCGAGGACUUUGAUCCACGAGCCUUUGCAGAGCCCGAAGAUAUCGUACCCAAACUACCUGCUAACUUGCACACAAAUUUGAAAUCAUCGAAGUGGAAGGAGCGCAAGGAGGCCCUCGACGAUCUUUUGACCCUGGUCAAUGCCACCCCCCGGAUAAAGGAUGCACCAGAGCUCUCAGAACUUGCAAAAGCACUGGCAACCUGCAUCUCGAAAGAUGCCAACAUCAAUUGCGUUAUGGUCGCCGCCAACUGUUUAGAAGGUCUUGCAAAGGCGAUGAUGGAUUCUUUCGCCAAAUAUCGAGAGAGCACAGUCCCACUCAUGCUCGUUCGGUUGAAGGAACGCAAAGCGACUGUAACCGACGCGAUCGGGGCCGCAUUAGAUGCUAUCUUCUCCACGGUUACCUUGAACGACAUCCUGCCGGAUUUAGAGCCGGCUCUGAAGGAUAAGAACCCUCAAGUCAAGGAAGGGACGUUGAAGUUCCUGGGUCGUGCUCUUUCAGCGGCCACUAGUGCUAUUCCUCCCAACCAGAUCAAGCCGCUAUCCGAAAGUUUGGCAGUAUUGCUGGAAGAUGGCUUCGAGGGCGCUCGUAAUGAAGCUGCAAACUGCUUUGGUACACUUAUGAAGAUGGUAGGGGAACGACCCCUCAACGCGAUCAUGGAUUCAAUGGCAGAUGUAAGAAAAGCAAAGGUGAAAGAAGCCUUCGAGAAAGCAACCGUGAAAUGCAAAGCAGGCGGUGCAGCUCCAGCUCGCAAGGCCCCUCCUGCCGCCGCGGCACCCAAAGCGCCAGCCACCAAAAAGCCCGCAGCCAAACCUCCUGCAGCAGCAGCUCCUCCCCCCGAGCCAGAGAAGGAGCCUGAGGCCCCGCCCCCUCCUAAGAAACCUGUUGCUAAACCAUCGGCCAAGAAAGUUCCGGCUGUUGUGGCUGCGGCCUCUGCUCCUGCUGCAGCAAAGAAGCCCGUUGGGACUGCCCCUCCCGCUGCCAAAGGAGGGAAGCCUGCACCCGCGCCAGCUGCGAGUGCAUUAGAUAGUUUCAAAUACAAGCACACUCCCGAAGAUGCAGAAGCAGUGGCUGCCGACAUGAUUCCUUCGAACCUGCUUACCGAUUUCGCAGACUCCAACUGGAAAACGCGAUUGGCCGCCCUAGAGGAAAUGACAACAUGGCUAGAAGGCGAAGUGGACACGAUUGAUGCCGAGGUACUUGUACGCGCUCUGGCAAAGAAGGGUUGGAGCGAGAAGAACUUCCAAGUGUCGACGAAACUCUAUGCCAUUCUGAGUAUCCUCGCUCAGAGGUGUCCCAGUUUCGGUCGGUCUUGCGUGGCUCUGAGCGUUGGUCAUCUCACGGAGAAGCUUGGUGACAUGAAGUUAAAGAAGCCAGCUGGAGACACUUUGUUGGAUUUUGUGGAGAAAACUUCGCUGCAGUUUGUCCUUUCUCAAGCGUACGAGCCGUUGUCCAAACAGAAGGCUCCCAAGGUCCUCGCCGACGCUAUCACCUGGAUUGGUACUGCUCUGACUGAGUUUGGAAUCGCGGGUCUGUCUCUGCGUUCGGUCAUCGAUUUCCUCAAGGUCGGCCUCGCAAACUCUAAUGCUGCUGUCCGUACCAGUGCAACGAAGACAUUAGUUACUAUCAAAUUGUUCGCUGGUUCAGGCAUCAAAGACCUCCUGGAAGACAUCAAUCCUCAGCUACUUUCAACCAUCUCGAGUGAAUUCGACAAAGCAGAGGGUACACCAGCACCAACGCCGUCUCGAACAUCGGCCGACGUUGUUAACCUUGCACCUGCGGGUGGAAGUGGGAAGGGUGGCGCUGCAGCUGCGGAUGCUCUCGACGACCUCUUCCCGAGAGUCGAGUUGGAUGGCUUGAUGAAGGGUACUACGAUCUUGACUGACGCCAAGAGCGACGCUUGGAAGACCAAGAAAGAAGCGUUGGAAACCUUGCAAGCAAUCCUAGACCAAGGAAACAAUAAACGGCUCAAGCCGAACAUGGGCGAGAUUGGUCAGAUUCUCAAGGCAAGAGUGGUCGAUACCAACAAGGCUGUCCAAACCCUGGCGCUUGACAUCGUCGCUCGCAUAGCGACCGGCAUGGGCAAGGGAUUUGAAAAGCAUUCCAGACUGUUUGCGACCCCUGUCGCGACUGUGCUCUCCGAUCAAAAGGCGCCUAUCCGCAACUCCGCCCUCCAGACGUUGACCGCGAUUGCAACAGCCUGCGAGGGGUUGGAAUCUCUGGUUGCCGGCUUUGCAACUGCUUUGGAAACGCAGAAUCCACUCCAGAAAGCUACCCUCCUUGGAUGGCUAGCCGAUUGGCUCAAGGAGAACGAGGCCUCUUCCAGCCUAGAUUUACACGCAUGGGCAGCUUCCGUCGUUGGAUCCCUCGAUGAUCGCAACGCUGAUGUUCGCAAAGGUGCUCAAGCCAUCCUGCCUUUCUUGAUCAAGCACGCCGGUUACGACUUCGUUCUGCAACAAACCAAUGCCCUGAAGCCAGCUUCCAGAUCCACGGCCGUUCCUCUCAUCCAGGCUGCCAGGCCAGCCGGUUCCGAGGCCCCAGCUCCUCCUCCUGCAGCCCCCGCACCUGAGAAGAAAGCACCAGCACCAAGGCCAUCGUCCGUGGCUUCGAUCAGACCACCCAGCCGGGCCUCAGAUGGGCCUGGGGCCGCUGCACCAGCCGCCAUGAAGCCUCCUAGCAAACUUGGCGUUCGACGAAAGUUACCCCAGGGCACAAGUCGUCCGGAAUCCCGCGCCGAAUCUGUCGCAGAGUCGGGACUCAGACUGCCUGGUGCUUCAGGCCUCAGAAAACCUGGGGCCCCUGCUGUCCAAUCCCCAGUACAAAGUUCGACAGGGCCUUUCCAUUCCACCAACCCUGACAGUAAACGUUUACGUCUUGGCAAGGAUGUGCAGAAGUGGAUCAACGAGGGCGGGGCGGGUAGGAAGGACUUGGCAGAGUUGCUUCAAACCCAAAUGGAACCGCAUGCCUCCAAGGAGCUUAUUUCUCGGCUAUUCAGCAAUGACCACAAUGCUGUCAAUGACCAUGUUACCGGUUUGGGCAUGAUGGCGGACUUCUACUCCAGCGCUCAGGGGGACGAAAUAGCGGAGAAGAUUUGCAUCGCGAACAUCGACUUCCCACUCAAAUAUGUAUCGUUGAAGGUACACGAGUCCCAGUCGAACCUCGUCGCCAAGUGUCUCGACGUUACUGAGGCGGUUCUUGGAUUUGCGAGAGCCGUGAACUAUCAAUUGAGCGAAAGCGAGGCGAUUUGCUUCGUACCGACCAUGGCCUACAAGCUUGGUGAUGCUCGAGAGCCAGUCAGAAAUCGAGUGUCGUUGAUCAUCCGAAGUCUACCAAAGGUCUACGCAUACAGCCGGAUAUUCCAGUUCCUCCUGGAACACGGUUGUAAGGCCAAGGUCGCUAAAACCCGACAAGGGUCUUUGGAUGAAAUCUCGGCGAUCCUGAAGAAAUCAGGGAUGAGCGCUUGCGAGCCCUCGAAGGCAAUGCCCGCCAUUGCAGCACUCAUUUCUGACAAGGACCCCGCUGUUCGAAAAUCAGCUCUAACCGCGUUGAGUGAGGUCUACACCCUCGUUGGAGAAAAGAUAUGGUCUUUGGUUGGCCCCUUGUCUCCCAAGGACAAGACCCAGCUCGAAGAGCGCCUCCGUCGUGUCCCGGGUCCAAGUACAGUGGAUAAGCCUGAGCCGGCACCUGCACCUUCCGCAGUUCCAGCACCUGUUUCACGGUUGGCAGGGAGCGGCCUUCAACGUCCGAGCAGUCCCGCAAUGUCAAGGUUAGCAAGACCGGCAUCUCCUGCAAGGUCACUAAGACCAGUAUCACCUGCGGUCCCAGCCGUUUCCGCCCCCGAGUCUCCUGUUCGCGCUCGUGCAGGAAGUCUUGCAUCCAAUGGGCCCGCGUCUCCAACAGGCAUCGCUCGCCCCAAAUCUCUUCUGCCCUCCCGAUUGGCAAGACCCAGAACCAACAUGCCUCAGCCCGCAUUUAACUCCGCUGCCACUGCUCCCCCUCCGCCAAGAGAGGAGACGCCUCCACCGCCGGAGCCAGAGCCUCUGAGAAUGAGGACAGCGACUUCGAAUGGGUACCACUCUAGCGAUCGAGAAUUGCCCGCUCCGCGCUCCGAAAGUUCCGACGACGUUACGAUUACGAUCUCUAGCAUACUGAGCAGCGAUCCGACGCGUAGUGUUGAUGCGCUCAAGAAGAUUCAAAAGAUUCUUUCCGUCAGUCCUGAAGCAGGGCCUUCAUCCCCUCAAUAUCGGGACCUGGCUGAACACACAGAAGGACUCAUAGAGACAAUCACACUCCAGAUGGCGCAUGCCUUUGAGAACCCGGAAAACCUUUUGCCAGACGAUAACUUCCGCCUUGCCAAACACCUGAUCCAGACGUUGAACAACUUCUGUGACCAUUCCUUCCUGGCCGAGUCGCUCACGGUGGGGAUUUUAACAUCUCUUCUGGAGGAGUUGACAUUACGGCUAUUGGAGACUGAUGACAGCUCUGUCAAGAAGAUCAAGGAUUUAUCACGGUUCAUCAACAUGAUCAUUCUGCGCUUGUUCGCCACUGGUCGCCGUAUGUCUAUCUUCAGGGCUCUUUUCGCAUUGCUGCUGCAAAUUGUCAAGCCGUUCCCGAGCAGAGGAACCCUCCCUGAUUCCAAGGAAGCCAAAGUUGCUGAAUUGGUGCUGAAGUGUGUUUGGAAGCUGGCACGUAACAUCCCUCAAGACUUGGCCGACUCCGUCUUGGACCCUGUGGAAUUGUUCCCGGCUGUUGAGCACUUCCUUCAGUCUGUUCCUCCCAAUGAAUGGCGAGCACGUGCAACGAACAAGGUACCCUGUGGAGACAUGCCAUUGCGAACAAUCAAGGUGAUCAUUCAGCAUGUCGUCGGUCACUACGGGGACGACGUGUACGAGUUGCUUUCCGCGUCAUUCGACGACCCUUCGGCGACGAUAGUCUACCCCUAUGUGUAUAGGAUUUUGAAUUCGUCCAACAAGGGAGCCGCUGCAGGAGCAGGUGCCCUCCGCGGCAACAUCAACCCUCCCGUUGGCAGGAGCUCACGAGCGAUUUCACCUGCUUCCAGUCGGCCACGAUCCCCUGUCGAUUCUGUUUCAGCACGUUCCCAUCGGGAAGCCACCAGCCAUCGCACCAGCCCCAGUGGUUCUUCGGCCAACGGGAAUCACCCUCCCUAUACACCCGCAGAGGAACCAGACCCAGACGCACAGCUACUAACCAUUAUCGGCCAUAUCUCCAGCGAAACCACGGGGGCACUGCACAAAGAAGGGAUCACCGAGUUACACCACUUCCUCAAAGCGUAUCCGCACAAGCGGCCGAGGGUCGAGAAGAUGCUUGAAUCAACAGGUCCAGUGUUUAGGAAGUACAUCAAUCGUGCAUUGGCAAGCCGUGCCGCCGAAGACCAAGAACGGGAAGUUGCUGUCACACAAUCGCUAGAAAGUACACCCAGCAGGGACCGGGGGAUGCCAAGCCCGACCUUGCGUUCACCUACUCGAGCGACGUCCGGUGCAGCGGAUACUGGAGAGCGCCUUUCUCGGCUCCAUGACAUCUUCCAGUACCGGUCGAGCACUAUCAGCUCGGGGUCGUCUGCACCACGGACAUCCAACGACUUUGGAUCUUCUUAA